CGGAACGUUUGUUCUUCCGGACCGGCCAGCCGCUGCUGUUAGUCGUGUCGAAAUAGCUAAUAUGUUACUUUACUGGUGAUACUUGUCAUAAUCAGGAUACGCGUUCGGAACGGAUAACGUUUAACUGUCUGUUGUAGCCGCGCGAGGUGGAACGCAUAUAUCGCUGAAACUGACAGCAAAACGUAAACAUCUCGAUGUAAAAUGCGCCGAUGUCCUGCUGAUCGUAAAUCACUCCGUAUGGAGAGACCGCACGAUGUCGUUAACUACAUCAGCGGUCAUUACUUCGCUUUUUAACAUGACCGCGACAGUUUAUAGCGACGUUGUUAACGCUGUUCUCAGAACAAAAGGCAGCAGGGAUGUAUCUGGCCUGUCAUACCUCUGGGUUAAGGGGUGAAACGCAAAAAUAAUAGUUUUUAAGAGAAAACUGAAAACAUGAUCCAUAAUCUCGCAGUAUGAAACCCAACGAAGAUACUGAAGGACAAAGAGCUUAUGUUCAUUUAGGUCUGAUGGACGUAAAAGAGGAACGUGAAGACUCGGAUGAGGUGGAGGAGCAACGUUAUCACUCCAUCGCCGAUGAAGAACCUUUGACCCUCACGCAAAAAACAACCAAAGUCAAGAAGUCUUACAUCUGCCCUCAGUGCGGGAAGUGUUUUGCAGGUAAAUCGCGACUCGAGCGCCACAUAAGAAUCCACACCGGAGAGAAGCCUUUCGCGUGUUUUGUGUGCGCCAAGAGUUUCGCGUGUAAAGAACGACUCGACAGGCACAUAAAAAUCCACACCGGAGAGAAGCCCUUCACGUGCGAGUGGUGCGGAAAGCGCUUGGCGUGCAAAACGAGGCUCAAGAGGCACGUGAUAACCCACACUGGGAAAAAGCCUUACGCGUGCUUGCAUUGCGAAAGGAGCUUCACGACGAACACCAACCUGCAGCGGCACGUCAAACUCCACACCGGAGAGAGGCCGCACACGUGCCAAGAGUGCGGGAAGAGCUUCAUACGCAAGGAAAAGCUCCGCUUUCACAUGACGAUCCACACUGGAGAGCGGCCUUACAGUUGCGAACAAUGUGGGAAGAGUUUCCGACACGUCAACGGCCUCAAAGAUCACCAGCUCUCUCACGCCGCCGAACGGUCUUUUAGCUGUGAUCAAUGCGGUAAGGAUUUCAUUACUGCGUCGGCGCUGAAGAGACACCUGAGAGUUCAUUCGGGUGAGAAGCCUUUCUUGUGCUCUCUCUGCGGAAAGAGUUUCGCGCGAGUGGACUGCUUUAAAAGGCAUCAGGAGGUCCAUAGCGGUGUGAAGGAUCACGUGUGUUAUGAAUGCGGCAAGGCUUUUAUUACCUCCGACCAGCUCAAGCAGCACCAGAGGAUUCACACGGGAGAGAAACCGUACAAGUGCUCGCUUUGUGGGAAGGGUUUCGCUCAGUCGCCGCACCUGAAAGCGCACGAGAAAAGCCACACCGCUGAGAGCCUGGUAAUAAGCGAUCAAAUUAUCUACUGAUUCACACGGAAAAUGCGCGAUUCGAAGGUACCUCGCGAAUCUGAAUCCCGUAAAAGGAUUCAACCAAACCUUUUGUUUCAACGUUGCAUCUGAAUACAGCAAAUAAACUGUUUUAUCACCAGGUC